AUGCCAGACCUUAACUGUACUUACAAACCAGGGCCAGUUAAAUGUAAUGGAUUUGAUCCAAGAGCUUUCCGCUGGGCCCUUACUAUGAAACUUGCUGUAGAGGAAAUAAACAAGCGAACCGAUCUCCUGCCUAACUACAGUCUGGGCUACAAAAUCUUUGACUCAUGUGCAUACCCUCUGACAGGGCAGGGAUCAGCAGUAGCUGUUCUAAAUGGGCCAAAUGAGGAAAAUAGCCCUAUGUGUGAAGGUGCUGGUCCACUGCUUGCUAUUAUCGGAGAAUCUGGGUCAGCUCAGUCUAUUGUAGUUUCAAGAACUUUGAGUCCUUUCGGGAUACCAAUGAUCAGUUAUUUUUCAUCCUGUGCCUGUUUGAGUGACAGGCGAGAAUUCCCCACAUUCUUCAGAGUCAUCCCUAGUGAUGCCUAUCAAGUAAAGGCUAUUGCAAAACUUUUGCUGCAUUUUAAGUGGACCUGGGUAGGAGUGGUACGAGGAGAUCAUGAAUAUGGUCGCUUUGCUCUUCAGGGCUUACUGAAGGAGCUGGAGGGUACAGGAAUAUGUGUUGCUUAUCAGGAGAUGAUUCCUCUCUUAUAUGAGCGUCAAAGAGCACUGGAAAUCAUUCAUGUCAUGAACCAUUCCACUGCUCGGGUGGUAGUGGUUUUCUCAGCUGAAGGGGAGCUCACACCCUUCUUGAGAGACUACAUGGAAAAUAAUGUCACUGGGAUACAGUGGAUUGCUAGUGAGGCAUGGGUAACAGCCUCUGUGUUCACAGGAAGUGAAUAUUACCCUUUCUUGGGAGGGACCAUAGGAUUUGGUAUACGACAGGGCCAAAUCCCUGGGUUAAGAGAGUAUCUCACAACAGUCAACCCAGAUAGGUACCCCUCAAAUACUCUGGUUCACGAGCUGUGGGGGGCUUUAUAUGGCUGCUCGUUCUCCAGUUCCAACUUGAAUAAUCAUCUGCCCUCCUGUACAGGGAAGGAGACUCUAAGGGUGCAACACUCUGCCUAUUUUAACACUUCCAGCCCCCGCAUUUCCUAUAAUGUUUAUAAAGGAGUGUAUGCCAUUGCUUAUUCCUUGCACAAUCUUAUUCACUGCACACCUGGAAAAGGGCCAUUUAGUAACUCCACAUGUGCAAAUUUGUUUAAUGUCUACCCAUGGCAGUUACAGCAGUAUCUCCAAGAGGUUUCGUUCACUAUUUCAGGAGAGACAGUGAAGUUUGACAUGAAAGGCGAUUCUAUUCCAUCUUAUGACCUUAUAAACUGGCAGAGGGGCUCAGCUGGAAAUAUUGAGUUUGUUAAUGUGGGCAUGUUUGAUGGUGCACAAGAAUCUGGCCAAGAACUGGUCAUCCAGGACAAGGCUAUCAUGUGGCCUGGCCAUCAGUCUGAGCAGGUGCUGGUGUCUGUGUGUAGCAACAGCUGUGCUCCAGGAUUCAGGAAAGCUGUCCGGCGUGGCCAGCCUUUGUGCUGCUUUGACUGUGUACCAUGUGACAGUGGCAAAAUCAGUAAUAAGACAGAUUCAGUAGAAUGUAUGGCCUGUUCUGAAGAUUACUGGUCAAAUGCUGAUGGAACAGUGUGUAUUCCAAAAGUGGUCGAAUUCCUGUCCCAUGAUGCAAUGGGAUUGACCCUAACAGUAAUAGCUUUAGUUGGAGCGUGCCUAACUUUAGCUGUGUUUGCUGUAUUUCUCUAUUACAGAAACACUCCUGUAGUACGCAUAAAUAACUCAGAACUCAGUUUUUUCAUUUUGUUAUCACUGACUUUGUGUUUUCUAUGUGCUUUGGUGUUUAUUGGGGAACCUACAUCCUGGUCCUGCAUGCUGCGACACACUGUCUUCAGCAUCAAUUUCUCUCUCUGCAUCUCCUGCAUCCUUGGCAAGACUUUAGUGGUUUUGGCGGCUUUCACAGCUACAAGACCUGGAAACAAUAUAAUGAAAUGGUUGGCCCCCACACAGCAGAGAAUAAUCAUCUUCUGCUGCACUCUGGUUCAGGUGAUCAUAUGUACCGCCUGGCUUGUAGCAUCCCCUCCUUUCCCCUAUAGAAACACUAAAUAUCAACAGUCCAAGAUCAUCCUGGAUUGCAGUGUGGGCUCUGAUCUGGCCUUCUGGUGUGUGCUGGGAUAUAUUGGCCUUUUGGCUUGUGUCUGUUUUUUUCUGGCUUUUCUGGCCCGGAAGUUGCCAGGCAAUUUUAAUGAAGCCAAAUACAUUACCUUCAGCAUGCUUAUAUUUUGUGCAGUGUGGCUAGCAUUUGUUCCUGCAUAUGUCAGUUCACCUGGUAAAUUUACAACUGCUGUGGAAAUUUUUGCCAUUUUAGCAUCUAGUUUUGGUCUCCUCUUCUGCUUGUUCACCCCCAAGGUUUAUAUAAUUUUAUUAAAGCCUCAGAAAAACACCAAACAACAUCUAAUGGGAAAAGACAAAUAUGUGGGUUUUAGAGAGAUGCGCUUUGUUCGUGCCUUUGAAUUUGCCAUCGAGGAGAUCAAUAACAGCUCUGAUGUCCUACCUGGCAUCAUUAUAGGGUAUCAUAUUUAUGACUCUUGUGCCUCUGUGCCAAUGGCAGUCAAGGUAGCCUUUCAGCUUGCCAAUGGACUAGAUCUAAUAUUUAAAGACACUGACUCCUGUACAAAGUCUGCAGCUGUUACAGCAGUAGUAGCAGAAUCUGGCUCCACACCAUCAAUAAGCAUUUCAAGACUUUUUGGUCCAUUUGGAAUUCCACAGGUGAGUCAUUACGCAACAUGUGCGUGUCUCAGUGACAAACGGCAGUAUCCUACUUUCUUCAGGACCAUCCCCAGUGAUCACCAUCAAGCGGCAGCACUGGCACGGAUGGUCAAGCACUUCGGAUGGACGUGGAUCGGAGCUGUGCGCAGUGAUUCGGACUACGGGAACAAUGGCAUGGCAUCAUUCCUGAAAGCUGCGGAGCAGGAGGGAAUCUGCGUGGAGUAUUCUGAGGCCUACUACAGGACCCAGCCGCGCAGCAAACUAAAAAGAGUCGCGGAUGUCAUUCGCAGAUCAAUGGCUCGUGUAAUAGUUGCCUUCCUGGCCUCAGGUGAUAUGAGAAUGCUUUUAGAAGAGCUGAGCCAGCAGCCUCCUCCCCCGAUGCAGUGGAUUGGCAGCGAGGCGUGGGUUACAGAUCCAGAAAUGCUGCGGUUUAAUUUGUGUAUCGGUGCUGUAGGCUUUGGAAUCCCGCGGUCAGUUAUCCCGGGGUUUCGUAAUUUUCUACUUGACCUGUCUCCACAACAAGCACUGAAAUUUCCCCUGCUGACAGAAUUCUGGGAAAGCUCAUUCAGCUGUAGUCUAAAACGGCAGACAGGUUCUUCUACUGGUAUGCCAGCGUGUGAUGGCACAGAAAACCUGCGCACUUUACAGAACCCGUACACAGACACUUCCCAGUUGCGGAUCACUAACAUGGUGUACAAAGCCACAUACGCUAUAGCGCAUGCCCUCGAUGCUGUUGUCUGUAACAAAAAACAUUGUGACAAAAACGUGAAAGUUGAACCACAGCAGGUGCCUGUGUCUGUGUGCAGUGAUAGCUGUCUUCCAGGUACGAGGAAGGCUGUACAAAAAGGAAAACCUGUCUGCUGUUAUGACUGCAUUAACUGUGCUGAAGGAGAGAUCAGCAAUGAGACAGAUUCUGUAGAUUGCUAUCCAUGCCAUCCUGAGUACUGGCCCAACAAAGAAAAGGACAAAUGUCUUCCAAAAACAGUGGAGUUUCUUGCCUGGGAUGAGAUCCUCAGUAUCAUCCUCAGUGUUUUCUCUUUAGCCGGAGCUUUAGUAGCUUUGAGCAUGGCUUUAGUUUUCUACAAAAACAGGACCUCUCCGAUAGUAAAAGCCAACAACUCAGAGCUGAGCUUCCUACUGCUUUUCUCACUGGCUCUGUGUUUUCUCUGUUCACUUACUUUCAUUGGUCGGCCCACUGAGUGGUCCUGUAUGUUGCGUCACACAGCAUUUGGAAUCACUUUUGUCCUCUGUAUCUCCUGUGUUCUGGGGAAAACAAUAGUGGUGUUAAUGGCUUUCAGGGCAAAACUUCCAGGAAGUAAUGUUAUGAAAUGGUUUGGACCUCCUCAACAGAGACUCAGUGUUUUGGGUUUCACUCUUGUACAGGUACUUAUAUGUGUGCUUUGGUUAACAAUAUCCCCCCCGUUUCCUUACAACAAUAUGCAACACUACAAAGAAAAGAUAAUUCUAGAAUGUGGUUUAGGAUCAGCAAUAGGUUUCUGGGCUGUACUGGGUUAUAUUGGUCUCUUAGCUUUCUUUUGCUUUGUUUUAGCUUUUCUUGCCAGAAAGCUGCCUGAUAACUUCAAUGAGGCUAAGUUCAUCACAUUCAGUAUGCUCAUCUUCUGUGCUGUAUGGAUCACAUUUGUUCCAGCUUAUGUUAGCUCUCCUGGGAAAUUUACUGUAGCUGUGGAGAUAUUUGCCAUUUUAGCCUCAAGCUUUGGUCUGAUUCUCUGUAUUUUCGCUCCUAAGUGUUUUAUUUUAGUUUUUAGACCAGAGCAAAAUACCAAAAAACAUUUAAUGUGUAAAGUACAAUCAAAAGCCCUCUGAAACGCACACACACAGCUUUCAUGCCAACAGUUUAAUUUAUAAGAUUUUAU